AAAUAAUUUGCCUUCGCGAAUGUCUAAGUUUCGCAGAAAAGUUAUAGUUUUUUCCCUUUGGUGUCCAUAGAAUUCCUCCUUGUGUGCCUCUAAAUUAUCUAUUAUGUUAAGUGUGAUCUCCAGUGCCUUUUUUACUACGACUGAAAAAAUGGCACAUUUUGGAUAUAUUAGUCUCAUUUUAUGCUUAUUGGCCUCAGCCAAUGCAAUAUCAAGGUGCAAUGAUGACAGAGAUUGUCCGGAAAAAGAAUAUUGUUAUGAUGUAUCACAUCGUUGCUCAAAUUAUACAAUAUGCAGUAGAUAUAAUCGAUUGGAAGGUAAAGAAAGCGCUCGACACCCUUCAAAUUGCGGGCCCUGCAUUUCAGGAUAUGAGGCGGAAAUAUCGACAAUUGGGGAACCAAAUGAUAUUUGCAAAAAAACUGUUAUUGCUCAAAAGGAGGAUGAAUCUGACACCAAUAAAACAAUUUACACCUGGUUAUAUUCAUCGAUGAUAAUUAUUGUAAUAGGAGCAAUUUUGUUAUGUACUUUUAUGAGAAAACCUUGUAAAAAAUUAUUAGAUAUUCAUAUGAGGAAAAAUAGUAGUUGGACAAACAUGUGCAAUUUUGGACCAAGUGCUCCUCCACUUGGAACAGGGUCUUAUAUUGAAGUUGGAGGAUCACCACACUACACUGCGAUAAUGAAUAAUAAUGACAAAUAUAUGGACAAAAAUAAAUUAGUAGCUGCUACGCCUUUUCAUAAUCCAGAUUGGAUUAAGCCAAAUCCUAAUUAUAAUGAACCUCAGGAAAUUCCAGAACAAGUUUUAACACCAGAACCAAUACCGCCAGAGGAGGACACUAAUCCAAGUUCCUGGACUCCUGAACAAACAUCCGAACUUGUACCUACACGACCAUUCGCACAAUUUAAUGCAGAAACCCGAGACAACGCAAUGAAUGCAGUUUUAGUUCAACGAAAUUGCCCAGCAGUGUCUACGAUCUCAGAAAAUAAUGAUUCCACUUCUGAAAAUACUGAUUCCCAAAGUAAUUCCGAUCAUAUUAGAGGACCAAAUAUUUUGAUAAGUCAAAAAAUCACGAUGAAUGUUAAUGUUGUCAAUGGAGAUUAUUGAUAACCAUUUAUUACAUUACAUAUCAUGCAUGCCUACCUAGUGAAAAUCAUAAUCGGACGUAUUAUUAUUAUUAUUAUUAUUGUUAUUAUCAUUAUAUAUUAAUCGAUAUGCAUCAAAUUUAUAAUGCAUAUAAAAUUAAAAGUUAUAAUGCAUCAAAAUUAAAUACACUGCAUCAAAUGUUUGACACAUUUCAAUUAGAUGCAUUUAUAAAUAAUGUAUAAUUUCCAUAUUGGAAAGGUUUACAUUUAUCAAAAUUUUUUUCUAAAAAUUUUUGUACAACGUGAUAAAUAUCAUUUUUCAUUGUUUAACACUA